AUGGAUUUCUAUCCCAUCUCUUGUUGCUUAGUGGUCUAUAAAACUGUUACAAGGAUAUUGGUUGAUAGAUUAGCUGCUUUCUUUCCUAGUAUGGAAUCUCUAAACCAGACUGCCUUUGUGAAGGGUCGUUGCAUUAUGGACAAUACUCUGCUGGCUCAGGAGGUGGUUAAGGGUUAUGCCACUUGUUUAACCUCUCCUCGGUUCUCCAUGUCACUUAAUGACAGUCUUGUUGGGUACUUUAAGGGUACUACAGGCAUUAAGCAAGGGGAUCCUCUUUCCCCUUACCUAUUUGUUCUCAUUAUGAAUGUGCUCUCUAAGGUCUUGGACAUGGCUGCAGCUAAGGGGUUAUUCCACUUCCACUCUAAUUGCAAGAAGAUGGGGCUCACACAUUUGUGUUUUACGGACAAUUUGUUGAUCUUUUGCAAGGGCUUCUUGGACUCGGACGUUUGGGUUCAAUGUAUUUUGGAAGAGUUCUAUUUGAUGUCGGGUUUAAAGUUAAAUGCGACUAAAAGUGAACUAUUUUCUUCUGGGGUCCCUGCAUGUCAACUGGAAGCUAUUAAAAAUAUUAAUGGUUUUAAGCUUGGUCGGCUUCCUAUCAGGGAGCUCAUUCUUCCCAUGUCAGUGAAAAAGAUGAUUAGCCAACAAUGUAUGAGGUUCUUUUGGAAGGGUCAAGAUUCAAGUGUUGUUGGUGCUAAGGGAACUGAUUUCUGGCUUGCUGACUGUAAGAUAAACGCCAGCUGGAGCUUAAGGAAGCUAUUCAAACUAAGGGUAGAGGCUGCUCGUAUCUUUACUUCUGUUUCGAGCCUCCAGCAGGUGAAGGCUACUUUGGAUUUGGGGUGA